CGCUCCGAGGGGACGAGAAGGCGGUGGCAGCAGGGAGAGAAGAUCUGUUCGGACUACUGAGCCGUCGGCUCCCGAGUUUCCCCGAGCCUAUUUGGCCGCACCACAGAAACUGCGGGCCGUGAACACCAUGGCUAGCGAGAUCGACAACCUGAACAGCCACGAAGCAAAGACGGUAUGCGAGGCGUUGGGGCGCUAUGAAGACACGUUGCGAGGCGCUGUUCGGGAGAUCCAUGUGGACAUUCAGGUGUUCAAGCAAGGCGUGAGUCGGCAGGUGGAUGAGGUGCUGCGCCUCGCUAGCCCCCUGGCUCGCACCGUCUCAGAGCUGCAGCAGGAGAACCAACGCCUGAGGGUGCAGCUGGAGCGUCUUGCUCGGCAGGUGGAGGCCCUUAGCCGGUCGGCGGGGCUGCCGCAAGAGUGGCAGGACGAGGCAGAGAGGAGCCCUCCAGCUGUGGGACCCAGCUCUCCAGUGCCGGCUUUUUCUGCAGACAGGUUCUCCACCCUUGCGAAGCUAGCAGUGUCUGGUCGGAGCCAAAGUGUAGACCUGGAUGACCACCACAAACCUGAGUUUAGAAGAGUUUGUAGUUCUUCCAUCAUUGAAAAUGGGCAUCAGUCUUCAUCAGGUCAGGCAAAAGCCUCCCAUGAGCUGACCUCUUCUUAUAUGUCAGACUCUUCCCCUGAGGCCCAUGCUCCUGCAAUGACCUUACAGAUGCCCCACCUUCCUGUUACUGCAGUAACCAGAACAUCAGAGAAGUUUUCAGGAGAAACUGUUCAUUCAGCAGGAACAACUAGUGCAUCCACUGGCCUGCUUGGGCAAAACCAGAGCAAAAAUGAGAUGGCAUUGAAAACUUCUAACCAGUCAGUGAAUGCCACGUCUGUCACUAAGCCUGUCUCUACUGCAAGCUAUGAAGCAAGUAGUGGAAACAAAACUGGUGAAAGUGCAACUGAUAGUUACUGUGGUGUGACACCCAAGCCUCACUCCUCUCCUCCUACUGUACAUCGUCAAGUUGAAAGAAGGCGAGAACUGGUACGGUCUCAGACACUUCCACGAACUACAGGAACACAGGCCAGGAAAGCACUUUUUGAGAAAUUUGAGCAAGACAGUGGAAAAGGAAAAGGACAAUCCAGACCUAAACUGAAGAGAUCACAGAGUUUUGGGGUUGCCAGCGCUAGCAGCAUUAAGCAAAUUUUGUUAGACUGGUGUCGCUCAAAAACCAUAGGAUACAAGCACAUUGAUCUCCAGAACUUCUCCUCAAGCUGGAAUGAUGGGAUGGCAUUCUGUGCUCUUGUACAUUCUUUCUUUCCUGAAACUUUUGAUUAUAAUAAGCUUGAUCCAGCUAACCGCAAGCAGAACUUUGAGCUGGCUUUCACCAUGGCUGAGAAAAUGGCUCACUGUGAUCGUCUGAUAGAAGUGGAUGACAUGAUGAUGAUGGGCCACAAGCCAGACCCCAUGUGUGUCUUCACUUAUGUCCAAUCUCUGUAUAAUCAUCUACGACGCUUUGAGUAAAACCAUCACCACC